ACAGGGUCCAUUAUAGCUGAGUGAUGAGAAACUGAAAUAAGAUCUUACCAAGUCUAUUAUGUUCCGCCCGAUUAAAUUGGCACUGUUAUUGUCCUGUUCAGUGUUACAGCACAAUGCUAUCAUAUCAUACUUUCUGUUUCCAAAGAAAGGCUAUCGAUUUGCCGUCUGAAGAAACAGGCAUUAUAUGUCUUUCACUACAGGAAUUAAUGAUUAUCAUCAUGUUUCAUGCAGAACCAUUUCAAAGUAGUUCGUCUCUCAUUCGGCGUGAUCGAUUGAUCUAAGGGAUCAUGGUUUAUGCACGUUUUCAGCAUGUUGAUCUGCCAUUUAGUGAUCAGGGAAGGUGGUCAGAGCUGAAAAAUCUCUAUGCGAAGCUACAGGGAGUGAAGGAUACAGAAGAUCUUGUUAAAGUUCUACAAAGGAUUUUUGAAGUUUCUGGUAAUGACAUCAAACAACUCCGAGUUCCUAACGAUCGGUCAGGCGCGAAAGAAACUUCCGAUUCCUUGAAGCUAAGCUGGCAUUUUCAAGGGUUACAGCUGUUUUUUGAUAAGAUUGCAACAGAAAAAGAAAGUGCAACAUUUUUCGAGACAAUUCUUCCAUUCAUCGUGAGUUUAGCAUCAAGCAUCGAAGAGUUUGCUCCCAGUGAAGGCAUUCUCCUGUGUUCACAACAGCGAGGUGAGUAUUAGUGUUGUUUAUAAUUACCGAUAUUGGAUACAGCCAUUGAUAGUUUAACAAUUUUAUUUUUUAAGCGAUUUAGCUCGACAAAUGAUGUGCAACCAUCAGCAGAGCUGUGAAGGGCAAUCUUCAUUUGAAACAUGUUUCAAAAUGAGCUUGAUCUCACGAGAGCGCCUCUAUUAUUGUUGCGGUGGACAAUAAUUUGUCGAGUACGCCCCGCUGUUGUUGUUGAAAACCGUUAACAAAUUCUCACGACAAUUCAAAAGUUCUUCUAAUCUCUUUUGUUACUGUAAAAGUCCUUCAGAAUCUCUAACAGGCUUAAUCGUUAAGGACAUCUUUUCUUAUUAGAACUUAUUUACGCAAAAGUUUAAAAUAAUUUCCGAAAACUUGUUCGAAAAGUAGAAUUUGUAAUAGUUUCCUGUGAAGAUCACGGAAUGAUGAGGCUUUACAGCAAUCGUGCGGUAAUGAGUGUCCUUAGCGCAGUUAUGCAAACGUGACGUAUUGAUUGCUACCUUCAAAUGCAGUGAGACAUCUUUGCCGUCAGAUCUUUUUGUCAACAACACUUUGGCAUCUGUUCCCUUUGAUGUUUGGUAUUUUGCAUUGUAUUGAACAAGAUAUAACUCGUUCGAUUAAGACUAUCUUUAAGUUAUUGACCCCGAUCCGUAAAAGCACGAUUAAUUUAACAUCGUAAUAGUAAUAGACAAAAUGUGUUGAUUAUCACUUCUCGAUAGUUUGGACGGAUGGACAUCAGUAUCAUGUUGUUGCCUUUUUUUUUCUUUUCGCAAACGUCUUUUUUUCUUUAGAUACAUAGUUUCCAACCAUCAAGCUACUCUUUUCAUCUAGAUCUCCCAUUUUUUUUCAAAAUAAAAAAACUCAGGUUUUUUCAACAUGUAAAAUCAUAAUUAUGUUGCAGAGUCUGGCAUUGUCCUUGACAGAAGAUUCAUUGCAUGCCUUCUGGCCUCAGCAUUUCUCUGCGCAUUUCCCCCACCAGCAGAUGACAUCCAAGUUAGAUCCAUUAACUUUGUUCAUUUGUUUACAUGUUUUCACAGGUAGGUUUUUUUUAAAUGUGGAGGGUUUUUAAGUAAUGCAACUUGAAGUUACAUACAAUCACUGUUGCAAAUGUGUUUUAGUGCCAAUUCCCUCUCUCUCUCUCUCUCUCUUUGCAGUAACCUUCAGUGCAGGUGACUUAUGAGGGCGAGCUAACGUUAAAUAUCUUCACUCCUUCCCCCUACCCCUUUCCUUAUUUUUGACCGUCAACUGCCCCCUGGUACAAAUUUCUUUCUCUUUCCAGCCUUCCUCUGUCAUUAAAAUAAAAGAUAGCAGCCCUAAUUUUUGCUAAGAAAAUACUGAGCACUCACUAGCCAGAAUUACACCUGCUCUGCAGGCUAUCUUUGUAGAAGUAUAGUUUCUUUAAGAGGUGAUGGCUGCAGCUGAGUGCUUGUGUGAAUUGUCUAUGUUAUCCCUCCUUAAUUUUUUUCCUCUUUUAUAAUUAAGGGUUAUGUGGUUAAAAUUUACCAAAGUAGAAUACAUUGCCACCAAAGCUAAUCCCAUUUUUUGUAACCAGCAGUGACUGGGACUUUUACCACACCACCUAGACAGCUUGUUUGUCCACCAUAAUUAAUCCUUUAGGAAUUAAUUGCAUUUCUCUGAAAGUUAAUUGGUACCUUCAGUCCCAUACACAUUUAUUUGGAAAUUUACCCCCUUCCUCCACCUCUUGCCUCUGAAAAUAUGGUCUGCAAGAUGCCAUGGACACACUGGUAGUUAACAUAAUUGGAAAGAGGGAGAAAGGACUUCAUAAUUUGCUCUUGGGUAGAGUGAGACUCCAUUACAAUAUAAACCUUGUACAAGAACCCAACACAGUGACCUAGCCACAGCUUGGACCUCUUGACUCAGAGUCUAGUAUGUUUACCUUAAAGUCACUGAAUCUUCCCACCUGUCAUGAAUAUACAACAUGAAUAUCUAAACAUGAUUUUUCAACAGGUGAUGAUGUAUAUUCCAGUUCUCUACCUAAUUUUGCUGUUUUUUUCUAAAGAGAGGAUAUCCAAGAUGCUCAGGCAGCAAAGCUGCGAUGUCUAAUUCACUAUUUUGAAAGACUUAGCAGUGUCUGGCCAGAUGUUACAGGAAGAGUUUUCUACAGCAGACAGGUGACUUUGAAAUAAUGAAUUAAUCAAAGAAAUUUUGAGCUUACAAAAUAUUCAAUGAUAGGAAAGUGUUACAUAGUGGAACUUCUGUCAGACUUUUAGAAAGUAUAUUUGGAUGUCAUCAACUGUAUCAAGGUUCCCUCAGCAGCCCAUUUGAUCAUUCUGAUAUAUUUAUUAUCCAAAAUAUGUGGAAAUUUAAUUAAAAUUAAAAAAUCCAACAAUUCAAGACUUCCUUAUUUAAAGUGACUUGCUUCUUUAGGGUGUUUGUUCAUUUGAUUUACCAGGUUAUACCAAGUAACUCUCUUCCUUCACUUGAUGACUGGAUGUCAUGUGACCUUCCUCUGUGUCCAGUUAUUGUUGAUAACAAGACAUCAAUAGAAAAUUCUGGAGAACAUAUGCUCCAGGUUUGUUUUGAAAUCUGAAACUGUUGUGUGCCCACCUUGACAAUGGUUCUGAUGCUCUGUUGAGUUUAGUUGGCCUUUUUCUUCCCUGAGGAAUGCAGGCUUCUUUUCCAAACACAAGUUGGUUAUCAACCCUAUUUCUUAGCCAGUGUAACAGAAACAGCAACUUAUGUUCACUUGAAGAAUUGAAAUCCUUCAAUAAAGUUUGAAACUUGCUAGUCCAUCUUUAGCAGAGUAGAGUUGGUAGUUGAUUAAUGCAAAAUUUAUGAUCAUUUAUGACUUUGAGAAAGCCUGUGGCCUCUCCAAAUUAACCAGUGCUCAUAUAUAAAGGAAACAGAGUAAAAUGAGUUUUAGUUAGGACUUAAAGACCAAUGAAAGUAUCAUCUGAUUUAUAAAAUAUUUCAGGUAGACUUUGCAAACCGUUUCAUUGGAGGAGGUGUUUUGGGUGCAGGUCAUGUCCAGGUAUUACCCUUUAUUUAAAUUUUAAAUCAAAUCAGUAGUCAUGUACUCAUCAAAUGUGUUUUGUUACAAAUUGAAUAAGUUGUGGAAAGAAACUGUGGUAUUUUGGGAGGGGUGAUGUACUUGAAAUAAAAAAGAUAUCUGUAAAAAGGAGGGUAAAUACCUUUCCCCAAACAGUACAGUUUCUUAAAGAUAGUUUCCCUACUUUAAAAGGUAUUGAUUUUUAAGAAAGUUUCUUUUCUUUUCCAGGAGGAGAUCAGGUUUUGCAUCAACCCUGAAUUACUGGUGGCUUUGAUGACUAUGGAGGCCAUGCAGGAUAAUGAAGGAAUUGUGAUCAGGGUCAGUUUAAAAUCAAUUUAUUCAGAACCAUAGUAAGAGUGUGUGCGCUAAUUUGUCUCUGCGUAUGGAUUUGUUCCAGGGAGCUGAAAGAUUUUCUUCCUAUUCGGGAUACGGAAGAACCUUUAACUUCACUGGCGACUUUAACGACGAUUCAGAGGUAAAUUUUCAGUCUUAUUUUUGGAAAAUAUCAUUUGCUAAGCGAACGAUUGGGUAGAAUAAAGACCAUUUACUGAAAACUGUGAAUACUGGCUCUUUGCCGCAAUUAUAACGGUGAACUAGAUUUGCUUGAACGCUUGUCUUUGAGUUAAAAAAGAGCAUUUUGAUAGAUUAUGAUCAGAAAAAAUGGAAUGCGUAAACAGCGUUUGACUUUCUUGAAUUAUUCCGGGGAGUUAACAGAGACCAAGGCAUUUUACCGUAAGAGAAAUCUGUAACUUUACAAAACUACCCACUGUCGAGGAUUUGAAAACUUGUCUGUACUUAAGUUAGAACCUUGAAAUAAUUUGAAUAUCAAAAAUGUUCUUGGCAAUAAUAUUCCGGAAAUCAGUGGGUUUAUUUUGCUCUGAAAGAAGUGCCAUUUUCUGUUAAAGCGGGAUAAAGACGGUGAUUUUCAGACCACAGUGGUAGCAAUUGACGCAAAACGGUUCAAGGAUAUGCCAAGAGAGACUCAGUUUGAAGAAUCUGCGUUGACAAGAGAACUAAACAAGGCUUUGGUAGGAUUUUACAACCCUGAAGUCGGUACCCAGAUCCUCCGCACUCAAUCAGGUUGGUAUCUCUGCGCAUGUUCUCCUGUUGUUCAUUUUCACUUAGGGAGCUUUAGGAUCGACUCAUUUUAAUCUUAACUCAAUAUAAUCAAAUCAGCCAAUCAGAACGAAGGAAAAUGCAUGAAAGACCCACAUUACCAAGUACUGAUUGGUUUCAGUUUUGCAUCCAGUUGGUUGAAAAGAGCGAAACGAGCAACGUUAUUAAGUGUUCUGGGUAUCAUUCUCUAGGUUAUUUUUGCCGAAGUCGAAGUAAAUUUGCACAAUAUUUGUACAUGUUCCCGACACUCGGCAUUCGUAGCAGCUCGCAGCGUUCCUUGUGUGACAAGAAUUUCCUCCUCAUGAAGCCUGCUGUAGAAGUUUUAAGCGCUGCUCAAAUUACAAAUCUUUCAUGACAUUUAUCCUCAUUCGUCGCGAUGUUCACCAAGGAAACGAAUUCAAGCGACUACCCUUCUAUUUACAUAAUUCCACUUCUUUGUUCCUCGCUGUUUGUCCCAAUCGUAGAUAAAAUUCUGUUUCCCUUUCUUUUUAGAUGAAGAAAGUGACGCGUCUUUAGCUGAAAGCGAAGAUUUUGUUUCAUCGGAAGAGCUCAUGGUUUCUUCGGAAGAUCUCGCGGCAUCAUUGGAGGAAACUGAAACUCUUAAAAAAAAUCCCUCUCCAGAAGACGUCAAAGUUAUGGAAAUUCAGGAGUUUAGCUCUAACCUCGUCAAUGUAGCGCUAUCACAAGCUAUGAAUGAAGUGAACAAUGACUAUUUCUUAGAAGACUUUGUUGACGGUGAUAUUGUGACUAAUGUUAUGAAAAAGUCUUUGAGCGAAGUCUUUGGAAGUACUCCCGAAAAGGUACGGAGAUACUCGGAAAACCUCCUGAGCCCAUUGCUGCUCCCGAAGUGCUUGUCGCUUAGCGUAAGCGGUUCAAAUUCUCCAACAGUUCCCGGUACACCUCCGUCCUCUCCAGCAAUGUAUGAUCCGAACAUAUCCGAACAGAAAUCUUUAGAGUCUCAACUAGGAUUGAACACUUCCCUCAGCUUGAAUAGAAGCUCAAGUAAAGAUUCAUCUCUUUCUUUUUCUGUGAAAAGCUUUGCUGACUCACUCUCCAACUCUCUAAUGUCAUGUGUGGAGUUGACGUCAUCCCUCGCAACUGCCAUAGCAACCGUGGCGACUUCACCGGGACAAGUGGUAUCGGAUACCAAAGAAGCGUUCUGCAAAAGCCCCAAGAAAAUAAGGUCCCCGGUAAAGAAUGGAGAUAGUAUUUUGUCAUUUUUGAAUCAGAAAGUUACUGAAUCGGAAAUUUCGCCAAAUAAUACUUACUCUAAUGGUUUUCACUUUACUGCGUUUGUAGAGGACUUAUCGUCAUUAGUGAAAUCGUCGAAGUUAGAAAGGGUUAGGGUCGCAGAUGACUCGGAUAGCUGCCUGAUGUCUUUAAGCGCCAGACAAAACCUCAUGGAGGAAUUCAAUCAAAUUGGGGAUGAAUCCAACGCGAAGGUGUGCGAGCAGUUUGCAACAAAAUUAUCAAGCUUAAUUGUUGAUAUUGCCAUCACUUCUUUAUUUGGAUCACAAUUUGGAAGGAACGAACUUGAGAAAGAUGCAUUGGAGAUUCCCACCGAGCACAUUACAGAUCCUGACUCUACGGAUUCAUCUAAUGGGCAAAUCGAUACUGGUUCUCAGUCCUUAUCGGACGCUGUGCAUAUCAAGGACAGUCAGAAGUUUCUUAACGUCCUUAAUGGUCGCGUAGAUGCUCUGUUGGCAGAUACAAUACACUCUGCUCUGGCUGAGGCGGUAGAAUAUUGUGUUGAGAAAACAGCUUGUGAUUGGUUUUCUUCUCCCGUUGAUUAUGAGCAUGAACCAUUGAAAGACAAAGAUGGACAAGGAGAGACAGAAAGUGGAACUGUCAGUAGAUCAGAUGUAAGUGAUGUGAAUUCGUCGGAAUCUUCUGAAGAGGAGCAGGGCGACUUCCCUGAAGGAGAUAAACUGACUGUAGGAAAUUCCUUGAACGCUCUCGCCUCUGAAAUCCCAGAGGCUGUGUAUGAAAUAGCCGAGAAACUUUCCCAGAAUAUCAGUUACGAUGGAGUGGUGCAAGCAUUAGCAGUGAUGAAAGAAAAAUCCAAGGAACAGACGACAGAAGUUCAAGUGGAAACUCCCCAGGAAGUCACAGAGCUUGAACCUGAGAAAAAGACAGAAGAAUCGCUCUCCUCUUUUGACAAAGAGGGAACAGACAAGCAAACUUUGAAUGGAUUUGUGGAAGAUUUGAGCAGUAUGACGAUACAUGGAGCUGUUAAGAUUGCUGGGGCACUUCUAGAGAAGUCCGACGGUGAACCCCGAUUACGCCCCGUUGCAACCGGAAACUGGGGAUGUGGGGUGUUUAAGGGGGACCCGGAACUAAAGGCUGUUAUUCAGUGGGCUGCCGCGUCAGCAGCUGGGUGUCCUGUGGUAGUUUACCAUACUUUCGGUGACCAGAGAAUGUCACAGGUAUGUUAACUUGAAAUGAUUUUAGUUUUUCUUUUUAAAUCACUUCAGAUUAUAGGAAGGAUUUUUUGUUCAUCAGCAAGUUUCCUGCUUUACCCGCGCAACGUUUCCUCAUUACAACUAUGUUUUUUUCCCGAACAACCAUAUAUUUUCCUCCGUUUUUCAGUGUCGGUGCUCGUCACAUAUAAAUCUUGUCUUGUGUAUGUUAUCGGUAACUCAUAGUUGCGCGCCAGGUGGUUGAUCGAAAGACCUGGCGUUCGAAUUCCUCUUGGAAUCUCGGACUUUUGUCUCUCUUCUACGCUAGUGAAAAACUGGAUGACAGAUUUGAUGAUGUUUCUUUUUCCAACGACCGAGCCAAAAAUUUAACAUUUUAUUUGUUCAUUAUUAUGGUCACGUUCUCUCGGACUAUUCCUGGUCGCCUCUUUCAAGUUGAUUCCCGUUCUUUCCUUUUAGUUUUUAGGGAAACUUAGUGCAUGUCUGCUUUCUAUGAUUAAUUGGUUAAUGCGGUUGUCAGUUCUUUUUUAUCGUUUGACACUCAUUUCUUUUUUUAUUUUUCUUUCAAAGUUCCUCAAGGCACUCGUUUGUUUACAUUCACGUGGCUGGAAAGUCUCUGACGUCAUUCAAGGAGUGCUUCGAUUCUACAAAGCUAUCAUGGAAGGAGGGAAGGAAACCGCUGGAAAAUAUUUGUCAUUGCUGUCAUUUCUCUGCCAAAUGCGUCGACCAUCUAUCAAGAAAUGAAAACGUAACGUUUACAUCUACAUAACAAAAGUGGAGGCCAGUCGGUUAACACUAGCUCUUUAAAUAUAUAAGUUCUCCGAACAGUUUGCGUUUCUGAGCGCGAUCAAGAGAGAUGGAAGUCGCCGGAAAGUUAGGAUCCUUAGUUUUACGAUUUACUGGAGAGGAUGAAGGGAUUUAGAAAAUAUCGCCACAAAGUAGCUUAAAUUUAUUUUAAGAUAUCUUUGUAUAGUAGGGUAAGAUAUAUUCUGGAUUACGGUUUGGAUCCAUUAAUCAGGAGUAUGGAAUCACAGAAAAUAUUGCGUGCCCUUUCUCGAAUAAUUCUUUGAUUUGGCAGUUAGCUUAAAAUAAUGGGGACCUGCUAAUUAUUGUUCUGUCCUAAUAAUAACAGUAGGCCAUCGGUUGGAAGGAACAUUUAUCUUUUUAGGUGAUGUAAUUAACCUUCUUCUGCAUUUCACAGUGCAACUGCGCACGCUUCGCACGAAAAGCGUGUGAAACUACACGGUGUCCCCACUCAGCUCCUUGUUUAAAGAAAAACCUUAAUGCACAUAAAUUUGAGGGAAAGUUACUGGGUGACCUGGGUUCAAGUCUAGGCUAGUUCAUGGCCGUCGGAUGUUAUAGAGCUUUUGUCAUUUUCAUUACGUUAUGAGUUAAAUUAUUUGUUCUUCUUGUAAUAUUCAACCAGGAUGUGUGUGGUUUUUAGAGCACACGUCUUUUUCACAAGGUAGGAGUUGUACAUCUAGAGUUUUAAUACAGAAUUGUAUUUUUGUUUAUAAU